CUUUUUUGAUUGAGCCGCCUGCGGGAAGCUAACUAUCUGUCCGUUCUUGUGGGCGAAAGAGAUCGCGCGGUAAAUUCGGGAGGAGAGUAAUGUAUUUCUUCCCCGGAUACUAGAGAAGCGGCUUGUAAGAACUUGGUGUCGGUGGAUCCGUGAAAGUGUGAAAGCUUCUUGUGCUUUUGAGCGAGUCGGCCGCAACCUCCUGAUCUCCGCCUCUUCAAUGGAAGCGGAAAAGAUGUCGGCAAAGAGCUUUCGCGUUAGCGACGGCGACUGGAUCUGCCCCGAUAAAAAAUGUGGAAAUGUAAAUUUUGCAAGAAGAACAAACUGUAACAGAUGUGGAAAAGAAAGAACAUGUGAAGCAAAGCUAAUGAAGGCUGGAGGAACUGAAAUUGGAAAGACUCUUGCAGAAAAAAGCCGUGGCCUUUUCAGUGCUAAUGACUGGCAGUGUAAAACCUGUGGAAAUGUGAAUUGGGCAAGAAGAUCAGAGUGUAACAUGUGCAACACUCCCAAGUAUGCCAAGUUAGAAGAAAGGACUGGAUAUGGAGGUGGAUUUAAUGAAAGAGAAAAUGUAGAAUAUAUUGAGCGUGAAGAAUCUGAUGAUGAAUAUGAUGAGUUUGGAAGGAAAAAGAAGAAAUUUCGUGGAAAGCCAGUUGGACCCAAAACUAUACUUCAAGAAGAAAUUGAAAGUGAAAAAGAUGAUGAUGAAGAUGAUGAGGAUGGAGAUCUCUCCAAGUACAAACUAGAUGAUGAUGAUGAUGAUGAUGAAGAUGGAGAUCUCUCAAAAUACAAUCUGGAUGCAAGUGAAGAUGAAAAGAAACCUCCAAAAAGCAGCAGUCGUUCCAAGUCUCGCUCCUCUCGAUCUUCAUCAUCUUCUACUGCUCAUUCCAGUUCAAGGUCCAGGUCCCGGACCAGAAGUUCUUCUACUUCCAGAUCCCGGUCGCGUUCCAGCUCCAGAGGUCAAUCUAGAUCACCCCGGUCAAAGUCAAGCUCCAGAUCACGCCGGGGGUCAUCAUCUCCAAGGAAGAGGUCGCGCUCAAGUUCUCGAUCAUCAACUUCCUCUGAAAGAGGGAAAAAACGAAGUCGCUCCAGAUCAUCGUCCUCCAGUGGCCGCAAAAAAACUAGACGUUCUGACUCGAGAUCUUGGUCUGCAGAAAGGCGCAGUGGAUCGUCUUCUGGAUCCUCUCACUCAGGCUCCCGUUCAAGUUCUAAGCAGAAAUAAUAUUUUAACAACUACAGUUUUUUUUUAAAAAAAAACAAUUUCUGGAAAAUGCAUGAAGACUUAUUUUAAAGUUAUUAGUGUCUUGAGCAAAUUAACCUGAUGUUGUGAAACAUUUAAAAAAAACUGGACAUGUGUUCUGAUGAAGUCUUGCUGAUGUAAUCUUAAACCUUUUUGUUGCUUUAAGGAGUGUUAGAAAUUGUACCCAGGUGUAUUUAAGGAGUAUAUUAAGCCAUAAUAGUGUUUUUGAAGAAUUAUACAUCUGAUUUUGAUGCAUUCUCUUUAAAAGUCUAUAAAGGCAAGUAGUUAUUGAAUGGCGUGGUCUAAAGAUUUAAGAGUGUCGAGCACUUCUCUUCAUGUUUCAGACCACCAGUAACUCAUGAUGGAAGAGCUGGUGGCUUUUUUUAUGAAAAGAAAUAUUCAAGGGAUGGGAAAUCCUAAGAAGGUUGUUGUUCAGAUUAAUUUGCUCACCAAACUAGCAUUCCAGGCUAACAAAUAUUUGCCACGUUUGUUAUACAUCAAUUCUCCUACUAGAACUUGGAGUCUUUAGCCAUUAAUUCUCAAUGUGCUUGUUAUUGACCUUUGUGCUUUUUGCAGUUUGUUAUUUAGCUCCCAGUCACAUGCUGACUUCUGUGGGAAAGUUGUGUGCAAAAUGAUCUUCAGUUUGUCAACUUUUUUGUGGAACCAUUAAGACAGCACAACAGUGUUGAAUUUAGUGAUAAUAGGGUUUUAUCCCACCACCUUCUCCCCCCCACCCCAGACUGAAUUGUUUCUAUAUUAUUAACCUUUCAAAACCUUGUAUGCCUUAUGUUAGUUGCAAAAAGACUUUGUAGCUUUCCAUUUUCUUCUGAACGGUGGAUAACAUUUUUUCAGAUCUACAGCCUUAGCAAAUUUUUCAGUUUUAGUUUGUGUUCAAUUAUCUUUAAAACAAAUAAUUAAAACCUCAGACCUACAACACCAUUGGUUAUUUGGGGAUCCUUGAAAAGAGAAGAUUUUCACUCUAUUCUAGAAUUAAGCAUAGUUUUAAAUUGUGAAGAGCUUACAGUUUAGCAUAAUUUUGCCCUGAAGUUCAGCCUGUCAUAGUAACUACAGCUAUGUAUAAAUAUAGCAAUGUGCCAUGGUACUGUAGAGAUGGAGAGGGCUGUUUUAGUUCCCCUUUUGGGGCAGAAUAGAAUAAUAACCAGGGCUUUACACGUCCUGGGAAGUGGGCGAUAAUUUUAAUGCAUACUAACAAAAGUAACGUCAUUUUUUUUUAAACGCUGUCGGCUUAAAUGCAUUAAGGCAUAGCACCUUCAUUCUUUAAAUGUUUUAAAAUGUUAGUCAAAAUUAAGAAUAUUCUUUUUGAUCGAUUGCCUUCUGUUCUUGACGAAUUAUGGCUUAAUAUAGCUCUUCAUUCUUGACCUGGUUGCAAAUAAAUGGUGUUAGCACCAUCAUGCAGAAGCUCUGGUCUUCUGAACUCUCUGGCUUCAGUACAGAUAGUAGAAACAGGUAAGUAUUCUGGAAACAAAAAUUCUACAAGUACUUGGUUUACCAAGUAACUGCCUAUCUGGUGUAAUUGUGGACAAUGUUUUUUUCCUCCCAAAUCUUUGUUUUGUUAUCUUACAGGAACCAGACAUGUUAGGCAAGUAAGGGUUUGCUUUUAUAAGGAGCAAGGCACCUUAUUGUAUUAUUGUUCUAGUUUUGUAAAAAAUUUAUAGUUUUAAUCUCUUUAACACCUUCUUUCAGAACCAGCAAGUCUGCACGACCAUUUCUAUUUGUAGUUCGUAUAAGUCAACUUGAACAGGUGCCUGCUAUCUAUUGAUGUGUUUUGGGAUUCAGCUCUGGAAAUAUUUGAAGAUCUGAGUUUUGCAGAAUUCCUCUAAGCAUAGACUUUUGCAAUAUGACUUUCAUGAGCAACAAGAUCUACACACAGUGACAUAUAAUGUGCAAAAUUAGUUAAAUUUACAACCUUGCAGAAAGACGUAAAUUGAUAAGGUGACUUUCAUCACUUUCAAGACUGUAGUUUUAUCAAAACCAGUGAAAUGCUGAAUUCUUUAGAAUUUUUCUGUCUUCAGAUUUUCACCACCUGGAGUAUUGCUGUAUUUAGAAAAACAAUUAGCUGAGCCUUAAUUGCUGAUAUCUGGGUAGGGCUUUGACAAUUUUAUUAGUCGUAAGUUUUGGCUAUUGGUAAAUGGUAAAAGUGACAAUUAAUUUGCUUAAGGUCAUCAGCUCAUUCAUCUAGUCCUCUAUGUAAUAGUUUCAUUGGAAACGAAAGCCCUUUGUAGACCAUGUAUGUAAAUACUUACAAUGGUACUUUAUCACAUGUCUUGUUCAAGCACCAAUAAAAAGAAAUAAGUGGUUUGAACUGUAUCUUGAUUUAAUUUG